AUGAUGCAUUUCAAAAACAUAUCAUCGUGUAGACGAUUAUGUCUGAAAGGCAAAAUAACUGUUAACAUUUGCAGUAAAAUGAAUGUGCAUUUCUUAAAUUAUGUGGACUCUUUAAAUAAAUGUCUUGCUACGAAAAACGCGAAUCGCAUCCUUUUUUCGACAUCAAAAAAUGCGGAUUACGUGAAAUACGUAAACGAAAUAAAUAAUUUCAUUGACACCUUUGAAAAAAAUUCUGACGACUCUUCUUCCAGUGGGGAAAAUAUCCUUUCCAUAUUGCAAAAAAUUAAGAAUGAAAAAAAAUAUGAACAAAAUGAAGAUCUCAUGGAAAUUAUAAGUAGCAUAAAACUGCUCAUAGAGAAAAGAGUUCGCCCAGUUAUCGUGAAUGAUGGAGGAGAUAUUAAAUUCAUUUGUUUUGACGUAGAUGAUGGCAUAGUUUACGUACAACUGGAGGGCGCAUGCGUCACAUGUUCGCAAAGUGAAAUAACGCUGCAGUAUAUGAUUAAAAAUAUGCUCACAUACUACAUAUCCGAAAUUAAGGAAAUUAAAAAUGUGUCAAAAAAUGGAAUUAUUCUUUAA